GUCCAUUAUAAUUGCCGCAAUCAGAUAGAGUACACCGUUUCGUUUAGUCACGUCUAGACCAUUAUAACUGUCGAUAGCAGAUGUUUACAAUUAAAAGAACAUCUGGCAACUUUACCACUGAAAACCAAAAUAAACCAAAAAAGAACGUCGUAAAGGAGAAUUAUUUUGAUCGAAGUCAAAUUUAAUUACAAUUUCUUCGCUUUGAAUAUCGAGAAUACAAUGAAAUAUGUUUUACGCAACAGUGAAAAUAUAUCUAAGCGUUUAUAAUUGUAAAUGUACUUAAAUAACUAAAGUAACCGCAAAGCAUUAGCUGAACUAAGUGAAGUUUUCGCAGAGGGCGACCAAGGGAGGAGUUAGUAAUUUGUGCCUUCCGACAAAAAAAAACUCUAAAAAGCCUCAGAUACAACAACAACAACAACAGCAAGUAAACAAAAACAUCUUAUAAUACAACAGCUGUUGGGCCCUAAUCACUAAAUUACAGUACCGAAAAUAUUGGAAACAAAAGAUAUACCUGCCACAAGAGGAAUAAGUGAAUAAGUCAGAUAAUGUUCGGUUCGCGCUGGCCGCGUUACCAAUAUGACCUGGACGAUUUGCGGCCCACCAAUGCAACUGAGUUAGUGCUUAAUCGUCAAUAUGGAGGUAUCGAUCGAUUUGUACAACGCCGACUCCAAGUAUCAUCGGCAUAUAUUGAUCGGCUCGAACAGGAGGCUACACUGCGUGGUCAUCAGGGCUGUGUUAAUUGUCUCGAAUGGAGCAGCAAUGGACGGAUACUAGCUUCUGGUUCUGAUGAUUUUUGUGUUAUGCUUUGGGAUCCCUUUCGUAAACGCUGCAUACGUAAUAUACCAACUAAACACUGUGGCAAUAUAUUCUCUGUGAAAUUUUUACCACGUCACAAUGACGCACUCAUUGCAACGGGAGCAGCUGACAGAUCAAUUUACGUAUUUGAUAUAAAUCGACCUAAUGAUGCAAUACUUAGUUGUAGUUGUCACGUUGGUCGUGUAAAACGUUUAGCUACUGCACCGGAUUCACCUUUUGUUUUUUGGUCAGCGGGGGAGGAUGGCUCAAUUCUACAGCUCGAUACUCGAGAUCAGCACCGCUGUAUCACGGAAGGAAACCGUGUACGCUUGAUAAGUCUUGCCACCUAUCUUGAUUCGAAUGCAGAGGCCAAAUGCCUGGCCGUCAAUCCAUUACGUACAGAACUUUUAGCAGUAGGUGCGAAUGAUCCAUAUGCACGCAUAUAUGAUAGGCGAAUGAUACGACCAGUGUCUUCGCAAAUUAGUAAUGGGACUGGAUUAGCCAGUGCUCCAGACACAGCGGAUGGCGUGAUACCUAGAGAUUGCGUCGCAUACUAUUGUCCUGGUCAUAUAAGUAAAGACAAUUGCAAAGUUGUCGAGCACGACACACGUGCCAUUACAUACCUCACGUUCAAUUCAAUCGGCACCGAAUUGCUGGUAAACAUGGGAGGUGAGCAUAUAUAUUUGUACGACUUGCAGAACGCAGAACAGCCCGUGUUUUUGAGUUUACCCGAAUACAAAUCACCACCGGCAACAACGUCCGAGUCGGAUAUGGAGUUGGCUGGAAUGCACCCACAUUUAAGUAGUAGUACUGGAAAUCAGAAUAUCGAAGAAAAUACCGCAGCUGCAGAAAGUGUAAUUAGUCCUGGCGACGCAUCUCAGGCAAGUAGCCGUCGCAAGUUGCCAGAAUAUAUUGAACGUUAUAAAAAAAUGGGAAAUGAUUUUCUAGAAAAUGAGAAAUAUCUUCGUGCUGUUGAAAAAUAUUCGGAAGCAAUUGAACUCGCUCCUAAUUGUUCGGUGUUAUAUCUGAAUCGUGCAACUGCAUAUAUGCGACGACUGUGGUAUGGUGAUGUAUAUGCCGCAUUAAAAGAUUGUCAUCAGGCAUUGCGCUUAGAUCCUUCUUACAUUAAGGCACAUUUUCGUUUAGCUCGUGCACUACUCGUACUUGGCAGGUCGCAAGAGGCAGAUGAAUGCCUUAAAGAAUUAAUAACACGUUUUCCUAGCUAUGCGAAUAACCAUGGCAUCAUGAUGCUACACAAAGAUAUUAAAGAUAAUCGACAAAUGUUACAAUCACAGAUGCAACAAAUACAAUCGGCACCGAUACCGACCAAUGAACAAUCACAUUACACUUUCAUAGAACGUACCGAUGCUGAAUAUCAAUGGCGUAGCAAAGCCAAGGAUUAUAGCAAACGUUAUGUGGGACAUUGCAAUACAACAACAGACAUUAAAGAAGCGAAUUAUUUCGGCAAGGAUGGUGAAUUCAUUGUGGCUGGUUCGGAUAAUGAAAGCUUUUUCAUUUGGGAACGUAAUACUAGCAAAAUACGCGCUAUCUACAAAGCAGAUGUUUCGAUUGUUAAUUGUGUGCAGCCACAUCCGGAGAUUUGUUUAUUGGCAACAAGUGGGAUCGAUCAUGAUAUAAAAAUAUGGUCGCCCAUUGCACCAUCACCGGAUGAACGUCCAAAUCUGGUGGAAUAUGUCGACAAAACCGUUGAAGACAAUCAACAAAAAAUGAAAAUGGAUCCUUUUAAUAUGAACGCUGGCAUGAAUGCUUUCUGUCUUAAUGGAUAAUAUGUGAUAAUUAUCUUCUUUUUUUUUUAUUGAUAAUUGGAACUUUAAUGUGGAAAAGCUUGGGACGGCCUUACAAAAGCCAUAGAAUAGUAAAUGGAUCGUAACUGAAAUUAUUUAAAAAAAAACCAAAAUUAUGUUAGCAGCACAGCGCAGGUAGGGCCAGAUUGCUUACCUUCUCAUUAAUAACAUUUAUAAACGUAUUAUUGUAGUUAUUCAAUAGAUGUGAUACUUUUUUGAGCCAACAAUUUUUAUAAGAAAAUUGCGUAAUUCACUUUUUUGUUGUUUAAUUUUUAUUUAAUUUUAUUCUUUUUUUUUCAAUAAAUUACGAAACUGUAAAAUACACUACGACAUGUUUCUUUUUAAUGAUGACAUUGGUGUUGUCCUUUUUUGGCAGCUUUUAAAAGGAUUGUGCCCUCAAUAAUGUCGGCUCUGACUCUAUAGCCGUCCGCGAAUUAUAUGACAUACAUAUUUGGAAAUGCAAAAUUAUAAUUUAAUAUAUUUCACCGUAGAUGGUACUGCUACGUUGAUGAUUUGAUGAAACCAGAAGACUUCUUUUCGAAAGGAUUAAAUUAAGUUUAAGUUAUUAUAACUAUGUAUUAGUUUUAAAUAAACGAAAUAUCAACAUUU